AUGAGGAAGGGCAAAGUUGAGAAGAAAAACUUAAAGGCAAGACAACGACUGCUCACGAGGGAGAGAUGUUUUUCUCCUGUCCCAGCAACUGCCCAUCAAAGUGUGACGAUACACACAUUAAAGCCUCGCCUUGCAGAGCGAGACGCCUGCCUGCCAGCCGCACAACGCCACACUUCAGAAGUUGUUCGGCUUUUUUACGGUUGCAGAGGACACCAAAUGGGGAACUCUUACGCAGGCCAGCUGCGGAACACACGCUUCGAGGAGGUCCUCCAUAACUCCAUCGAGGCAUCACUGAGGUCGAACACCAUUGUGCCGCGGCCUGUUUUCUCACAGCUAUAUCUUGAGACGGAGCAGUCACUGGUGCAGGAUGGUCGAACAGAGAACGAUGAUGAAGAUGAUGAUGAUGGCUCAGAGUCUAACAGCCCACCAAUACCUUACCAGAUGAAGUCACCCCCUGAGGGCUGCUGCACUACAGAUGGCUUUUGUCAGGCCGGUAAGGACUUGCGUUUGUCCUGUCUUGCAUCAGAUCCCUUGGAUGUUCCACCAGGGUUCAUGCUAGUUGGGGUAAAGUCCCCUUCGCUCCCUGACAACCUACUAGUUUGUGCCGUGGACCGUCGCUUCCUCCCAGAUGAACGGGGUCUCAAUGCCCUGCUUGGCUUCUCAGGAAACUGUAUGGGAUGCGGAGAGAAAGGUUUCCGCUAUUUCACUGAGUUUUCCAACCACAUUAACCUGAAGCUCAGCACCCAGCCCAAGAAACAGAAGCACUUGAAGUAUUAUCUGUACAGAAACAACCAAGGCAUCCUGGUCAAAGGGGCUCCCAUCUGCUGGAGGGGAAAUGAUGGUAGGAUGAGACAGAUAAGGUCCAGUCUCCCAGAAGGCCACCUUGCAUCAGAUGAACAGCCACCUAAUCUGACUUUGACUCACUCAUCACAUGUCCCCUCUAUCCACACAGGGUCACAUGCAGCAUUUGAUGUUCCCAACACGCUGAUAAACGGAAACCAUGCUGCCUCCUCAACAGCUCAGCCACUUUUGAAACAGUCGGGGCCUGGGAGACCUUCUGCCACAGGACCACAUCCAAAUGCCGGCCCCCCUAAAAAGCGGCACAAAGGCUGGUCGCCUGAAACUUCUGCCACUAACGUGCCGGAAAGCACUGUAAAGUCACCACCAUCGUCCUCUGUCAUCACCAGUGGAGCCAGAUCAGGUACAAACAAGGGAAAAGAAAUGCUUUGUAGAGAGACUGCAUCCCUGCAAAGUACAUCACAGGGGUCCUCCACUCCGCUCUCUGCCCCAGAGCUGUCUGUGACGGUGCCAGAUCAAUUGCUAAACCAUUGCAGACUGCAACCUGUUAUAUUCAAAGGUCACGGCACUCUUCCUCAACUGACGGGGAAUGUGAGGGAAGUGCUCGUCAGUUCUCUGCUCCAGAGUUGUUAUCUGAGCUCGCAAACCUUACCCAGAGUGUACCAACACUAUGGACCAUCACCCAUUCAGCCACUCUCCACAGAGAUGCAGAUUCUGCUCACGGUUUACUACCUCGUUCAGCUAGGGGUUGAGCAGGUUCCUCUGAUUGAAGACCUUGAACAGAUUUUCAUGCGAUCUUGGAGAGAGUCUCACCUGAGUGAGAUCAGACAGUUCCAACAGGCACAAACACCAGGAACCCAAGGGAGGCACUAUGGCGUAGAGACCUCCUCUACUUUGCCUGGGCUCCCCCAGCAUCUCUCUUUACCUCCGCAGAGCCAACAACCCCUGACCCCCAGCCAACUUCCUUGGCUCGCUCAGCUAGCUGCAUCCUCCUGUGGAGAAGGGGUCAUAGUGUUGGGGGAAGAAGUCAGAUCUUUGGCUCAGGGCCUCCAGAAAACAUUCAGUAGGCUGAUGGAAGGGCGGCUUAAAAACACCAACUACGUGGUCAUUAUUGUGACCUCUCAGGGCCAGGAAACACAAUCCUGCGUUGUGGUUACCGGUAAACACCAGUGUCGAGCCUUGGCAGAGAGCAUGUUCUCUCCAAGUGAAGGACUGAAAGAAAUAAACCACCAGCUCUCCACAGGUGUCGCCCAGGAACUGAUUCACCACUGCAGUUGCCUCGGACCAGAUGGUGAUGUGGAUUCCCUUCUGGACAGUGCCAGUUUCGACACAAACGAAUCAUCUCCCUUAUCCAGCAGCCAGGGAUCUGCUGAUGAGCAGAGUUUAAAAAAUACUCUAACCCCCAAAGACAAACAGAGUCCAAAUGAUUCACAGAUGCAAGGUUCAAAAGAUGUACCCAGUCCUAAACAGGCAGCUUCAAGUCCCAAAGACAGUUGUUCAGAAUAUUCUGCUGAAUGGCAUGAGGUCCGUCCCAUCCAGCUAGCUGUGGCAAGAAAGCUGCUGUCCCACGUUUGUGCUAUCGCAGACUCCAGUACACAGAACCUAGACCUUGGCUCCUUCGACCGGAUCAGCUUCCUCAUCCUUGUCCCGCCCUCCGAAGUGGCCUAUCAGCAGACUGUCCUCCAUCUGUGGAGCUCUGGUGUUCUUCGAGAGCUGGGUAGUUUAGAGGAUGAGUGUCUAUCUCAACAAGACGCUGAGCGUUAUGUGGUCAAGUUCGACCAGAGUGCCAAAGCUCGAAUUGACAACCUCCUUCAGGAAGCACACAAAAACACCUACACUCUCUACAUCUUGGUUCAUGACCACGCCCACUGGGACAUUUGCAACUCCUCCUGCAGCCGCUCAGACAGCGGUUUGGGUUUGGUGGAUCAGCUAUUAAACUCUCGACAGGUGAAGGAGGCUACCAACAUUCUGAUCCUCCAUGUCACCUCGUUCCCGUUUGCUCUCCAGACACAAUGCACUCGUAUCAGCCCCUAUAACGAGAUACACUGGCCUUCUGCAUUCAGUAAUGAUGUAGACCUCUAUCAUGAGAGGACACGAUAUUUUGGUGUGUCCGAGCUUUUAGAGUCUACGCGCUCAGGAGGCAGCCUCCCUCUGAUGCGUUAUGAUUCCUCCUUUGAAAGCAUGGCAACUACCCUGGAAGAAAGGUUUCCAAAGCUGCACAGUGCUGUCAUCCGAACUAUAGUCUUGAUCCAACACUACUGUGUAGCUCUGAUGGCUGUAUCUGGUAGAAUUAGCAGCUCACACAAUCUCCACAAACACACGUCUGUGGAGACCAUGGAAAUUGUACAAUCCCUGCUCACAGCUGCUCAGCAGUGUCCCGCCCACCAUGGUCACAUGGUCCUCCUGCGGAUUCCCUCUUCGGCCCUGGCAGCAUGGGCCCACAGAAGGCUGUCCACAGUCAGGAAGCAACUGGGUCUGGAGGAGAAGUUUGAGAUCAUACUGGGGAAUCCCAGUCAAACUCUGACAAUUGGACCAGGUUUCACUGAUCAGAUAAAGACCUGGCUGAAGAUCCAGGAUGCUGACUGGGUUCCUCAUACUUACUUAGAGCUUGAGGCACUUCCCUGCAUCCUUAUCCUGUCGGGAGCUGAGCCACUCGGGGAAUCGCUGCCCAGGUCAUUGAAGUAUUGUGACCUUCGCGUGAUAAGCUGCUCCUAUCUGCACCGCACCACACUGGAGCAGGAGCUGGGACUGGCUGCUUAUCUUGUGAAGGCAGAGUCACGACCACCUCUUAAUCCUGGACCAGGAAGCGACGUGAUUGAAAGCGAUGCUGAAAAACUCAGCAGCACCGACAACGAAGAGGAGGAGGGACAAGAUAACCGAGACUCUCCUCUGCCUUCAAGCCAGCCACCUCCACCAUGCCCAGACAGGAAAGCUGUAGACCCCCUCUCAAGUCAAAGUGUCAUAUCUCCAAAUGUCCAGAAAGGAACCUUGGACAAAAUACAGUCCCCCUCAAAAUCACAGACUAAACUUCAGCCCCAGACCUCAGCUCAGCCAUAUCUGUAUGCACGAACAGCAUCGCUUUAUCAACCUCAAGUGCAAAGUCAACCACAGGCCCAGUCUACUUCGCAGCUUCAGACUCACCAUCAGCCGUCAUUCCAGCCUAAUUCUCAACCUUGUACUCAAACUUCCACCCAGCAGCAGCCUCUUCUCCAGCCACAAAUUCCCUCCAAAUCCACAUCAUCAGGCUCCUCAACUCCAAGAGCCUCCUCUCCUCAUCUGAGUUGCUCGUGGGUGCGAGGAGUGAGCCGCCCCCCUUCUGUGCUCCUUCCUCGUGCUCUCUAUGACAUAAUCACAGCCAGUGACAGCAGCGGACUUCCACGAUUCUCCUCCUUCUUGCCACACAUUUCCGUUGCAUGGGCAAGCAGCUUCAGGCCUUUGCUGAGUAAAAUGAUGACAUGCACAGAGCAGUCACUCUAUUACCGUCAGUGGACAGUGCCUCGAUCCUACCACAUGGACAGCAGCAAUCGCACUGAAGGGCGAAGUGACAACUUUCACCCACGCAGGCUCCUGCUCAGUGGACCCCCACAGGUGGGUAAAACAGGAGCAUAUUUGCACUUUCUGGGGAUCUUGUCUCGUAUGCUGAUCAGGCUUAUGGAGGUUGACAUCUACGAUGAGGAAGACAUCAACUGCAAUGUCCAGGCAGAAGGGCUGCAGUACCACCUACCUAAUGCUCCCUGGCCCACCACAGAUACUAUGAAUGCCAUUCCCUUUGACUACAUCAUCCAUGAUUCCAAGUAUGAUGACAUCAGCACUGUGUACUGCCCUGGAUUUAAACCAACUGUUGAGGGAAAUCCUGUGCGACAGGAAGAUGUGUACCUCUGCAGGCGGACAUCAAGGAUUAAGUUGUCUAAGUAUGCAGCGUACAACACCUAUCAUCACUGUGAGCAGUGUCAUCAGUACUUGGGUUUCAACCCCAGAUACCAGAUUUAUGAGUCAACGCUGCAUGCCUUCACAUUCACCCAUCUGCUUCUUGGAGAAGACAUCCAGCUCUAUUUCAUCAUCCCAAAAUCUAAGGAGCACUACUUCAGCUUCAGCCAGCCGGGCGGCCAGCUGGAGAGCAUGCGGCUCCCUCUCGCGUCUGAAUGGAGCCCAGAUUCCAUCAAGAGUCCAAUCUUCACCCCGACCACUGGUCGUCACGAGCACGGACUGUUUAAUCUGUACCAUGCUAUGGAUGGAGCCUCACAUCUACACAUCCUGGUGGUUAAAGAGUAUGAGAUGGCUGUCUACAAGAAGUACUGGCCCAACCACAUCAUGCUGGUGCUACCCACUUUCUUCAAUGGUGCUGGAAUAGGUGCAGCUCACUUCCUGAUUAAAGAACUUUCAUAUCACAACUUGGAGCUGGAGCGCAGCCGGCGUUUGGAGGUUGGAGGCCCAGCAGGUGAUGUGUGGCCCUUCAUCAUUCUAGCUGAUGACUCCUGUGUUAUGUGGAACGCAGUGGACCUCGAUGGACGAAGUGGUCCUGUGGAGCAAUCUGUGUCACUCAAGCAGGUCCUACAGCACAUGGAGGCGUGUCCAGAUUUAGCCCAAUAUGGUCUAUGUGGCAUCAGGAAGUGGAGCAGCCGAGGAGUCACGGGUAAUAAACAGUGGGAGCCCUUCUCCAGAGGUCACCUUCAUGACUUCCUCCUCCUCAAUGUGGACCGGAGUCAGAAUGUCCAGUACGACCAGAACCGCUUCACCUGUCAUGAUGUAGAUUUUACACUGAGGCUUCACAGUGCCGGCCUGCUGGUCUGCAGGUUCAACAGCUUUAGCGUCAUGAAGAAGCAGAUCGCCAUAGGAGGAUACAGAACCUUUAUUAUCAAGACCAAGAUGACAGAUGUUCCCACCUCAGUGGGGCCCUCACAAUACAUCUGUGCCCCAGACAGCAAGCACCUCUUUUUGGCCACACCUGCUCAACUCCUCCUGGAAAAAUACCUCCAGCACACCAGCCAGAAACUGUUUCCACUCAGCACAAAGAACUACACACACCCAGUUCUGUCCGUGGACUGUUACCUCAACCUGGGACCGGAGGUGACGGUGUGUUUUGUGAGUUCCAGACCUCAUUCUGUCAACAUCAGCACCACAGGAUUGCUGUUCAGUGGCCUCCUUCUCUGUUUUGCUGAUGCCUUUGUGACGUCCGCGUUCCUCAAAAAGUUCACCUUCCUUAAAGGUGCAACCCUGUGCGUCAUCAGUGCAGAUCGCAGCUCACUGAGGCAGACAGUGGGCAGGCUGGAGCUCGAGGAACAAUGGAGGUUCAGACUUAGUGAUGAAUUUCAGACUGCAAAUGCCAAAGAAGACCGACCGCUUUUCUUCCUGACCGGAAAACACAUCUGA